AUGAACUCAGAGCCGCUCGCUGGGCCGGUUCCUCCCCUCGAGCAUCUCUGGGCUGCCCAGAGCAGACCCCGAACCACGCCGCCCGCCGCCCCGCCGCGGCUCUCGGAGGACCCGAGCGGGCUCCCCCCGCGGCCGGACCCGCUCUCCAGCCUGGCCGCGGCCUACGGGAGCAGCCUGGCCUGGCGGGGGAGGGCGCUGGUGGAGCGACUGGUGCCGCUGCGCCGCCUGCAGUGCUACUUCGCGGUGGAUACGCGGUACGUGGGGCAGAAGAUGGCGCGGCUGCUCUUCCCCUUCGGGCACCAGGACUGGCAGGUGCGCUACCAGCGGGGACCCCCCGUGGCGCCCCGCUUCGACGUCAACGCCCCCGACCUCUACAUUCCAGCCGUGGCCUUCAUCACCUACCUGCUGGUGGCCGGGCUGGCGCUGGGGAUGCAGAAUCGGUUCUCCCCCGACCUGUUGGGCUUGUUGGCGAGCUCGGCCCUGGCGUGGCUCAUUGUGGAGGUGCUGGCCGUUCUGCUCGGCCUCUAUCUUGCGGCCGUCAACACCGAGCUGACCCCGAUCGACCUGGUCGCCUUCUCAGGCUACAAAUACGUAGGCAUGAUUGCAGGCCUCUUGGCAGGGCUGGUGUUCGGGAAGACUGGUUAUUACACGUUGCUCGGCUGGUGCUGUGUCACCAUCUUUGUCUUUACGAUCCGUUCGCUGCGCCUGAAAAUCCUGUCAGAGGCAACUGAAGGGGUCCCGAGGCGGGAUACCCAGAACCAAGUGCGCAUGUAUCUGACCGUGGCUGUGGCUGUGCUGCAGCCCCUCCUCAUGUACUGGCUCACCUCUCACCUCAUCUAAUGAUGCUUUGCUCAGGCAGCUGCUUUGUGCCCCCAAUGCCCACCCAUCAUUUCGAGCCUGUUGCCUCUCCCAGGCCACCCUGGUUACGCAGAAGGCAGAGCAGAGCAGAUGGGCUUCUCUGGGCCCUAAUUCACAGCUCCCUGGUCCUUCUUUGGAAGGGCCCUGGCAGUUUGCACUCCUCUCACCUUGAUUUGGCUCAAGAUGUCUGCUUAUCCUGCCCUUUUCUGUCUCGUUCCUGUCCAGCCAGGUCGGUCACUCCUGCAGAGGAGCUGGGAAAAGAGCCUGCUUUCCCGUCUCUUCAGGAUAUGGAAUUUCCUGCUUGCCACAAACAAAAU